CGAUCGUGUUCGCUUCGUGGUCUUCAACCCAACGAUUGUGGUUUUUCCGUUACUUGAGAUAGCAAAUAUUGUCGUCUCAACAGACCUUGACCGCAAAAGAAAGCUCUUCUCGUUCACAUCGGCGACAAUGGCGCCGCGGAAGAUUAUCAUAGACACCGACCCGGGGGUCGAUGACAUUCUGGCGAUACUGCUGGCACUCUCAGCAUCGCCAGAGAAGCUUCAAGUGCUGCUCAUUUCCGUGACAUACGGCAACAUUGAUCUCCAAAAUUGCCUACGCAACGCCAUCUCACUGUUCCACUAUGUGAACAAGGAGAUUGCGUGGCGAGAAAGCGUUGGACGGAGUUUGGGAUUUGAAACUCUUCGAAGUUCGAAGCCUGUAGUAGUUGCUAUCGGCCCUGAGCAACCGCUCGCUGAGAAUGCGUCGAUGCUUGAUUUCUUUCAUGGACAAGAUGGGCUUGGUGGACCUCACUUGAGCCUUGGACAGCAGCCGCAUCUGACGCCAGCUGAGACGUGGCAGCAUCUCUUGGAAGUGGCAGAAACGUCUUCUGCUCCCGAGCAAAGUGAAAUAAUAGCUAAAGAGAUGAAAAAUCCAUCCUCUCUUUUCACCCAAUCUCAAACACCUGCGCAUUUAGAGAUUCUAAAGUUGCUGCGCGACAACGAGCCCAACAGCAUCACAAUCGUGGCAAUCGGUCCAAUGACGAACCUCGCCCUUGCUGCAGCGGAAGAUCCAGAGACGUUCUUAAAAGUUAAGGAGAUUGUGGUCAUGGGUGGCCAUAUCGAUCAGGCUGACAAUCCAGCUCUUCAACCUCCCUCAAGCUUGGAGCAAGCUCCGAACAUCCCGGAGCCGCCUUUCAGGCUCACCAGGCAACCGCCAGGCCCCAUUCGAGAUUUGCUAAAUAUGCGAAAUCAGACAGCGCCUGUUGCGGAUUUCAAUACUUUUGCAGAUCCUAUAGCAGCGGCGAGAGUGUACACUCUUACAUCACCGAAACCUCACACAGUGAUGCCUUUUGCACUACCGUUACCCCUGUGCGAGAAACAGGAAGAGGAUGUGGCGCCUCUACCGUUCCUUCCCUCUUACCCCGACAAUCUUUCAAAGCGGUUGAACGUCACGCUUUUCCCAAUCGACAUCACUGGGAAGCACGUGCUCGCUCGCGGUGACCUCGAGGCAUCUCUUGAGCCGCUGUUGGCUGCGAAGUCGCCUUUGGCAGAAUGGGUUUCGGCAUUUAUGAAGGCUACGUUUGACAAAAUUGUUUCAACCAGUCCAGGGGUUUCUAGAGACACUGUAGGAGUGCCAGUCCAUGAUGUACUGACCAUAUGGUAUUGCGUGGAUUAUGACGACCCUAAAUGGGAGAUCAGCGAGGGUGAGGAUCUAAGGGUGGAGACUGUAGGCCAGUGGACAAGAGGAAUGUUUGUUGCUGACAGAAGAAGUCGGAAGCGAAAGGACGAUGACUGCGAUGAUGGCGAUGGCCGGUUGACCGGAGGGAAUGGGAAUGGCAAUCGACUCAAUCGAUGCGUCGGAUCCCCUGGACAAGACAUAUUUGGUGGGCUUUUACUCAAACGAAUAUUUGGCAGCUGAGAUCUUCGUCGAUGACUAAACCCACACCGAAGUAGUAGUCAUGAUUUACGAAUCUAAUAUGUAGUGAGAGACCAAGUAGACAG